AUGUCUUCUUCCUCUUCGCGCCCCGGCCCCCAGACAAUCGCCCAUUCCCCCGGCCGGCCCUCCCCGCUCUCGCGUCCGCACUGGCCGUGGUCGACGUACUCGCACCGCUCCUCCGUGUCCUCGGCGUCCGCACACUCUUCGAGCAGCUCCGUUCCGACGAGUGCACAGAGCCAGGGCUCAAUGGCGGACGAUGUAACGACGAGGCAAUGGAAUUACAACGCAUUUGAAUGGGUCAUUCGCGAUGUUAGCAGACUGAGAGACCACAUUGAGAACCCUGCGUUAGAGGCGGCAGAGGACGUUGAGGUGGUCGAGGAUGAUGACUUCGAAGUGCUGAGAGAAUCGCCUGAGCUUGGUGAUGGCAAGUUCAAACUGGAGAUCACGAAGACGACAAUUAACGAGGCAGAGAGCGCGUCUAACGCGUCUUCGCCAUCACUGUCAUUGUACCUCACUUCACUCAUGGUCGACUAUGCACACACGGACUACGAGACCUCAGCGACCAUGUUCGCCGCCAUCAAAUGCCAAGACGAUCGCGCGGGAGAGCGUGGUGCGCGCGCAGAGUGGGCUUGGGAAAUCUGGCAGAACAACUGGGUGUUCAGACAGGGCACUGAAGUAUGGGAAUGUCCCCUUCCACCGCUGUCUACACUUCUAGAGAAUCCAAGGAUACAGGAAACAGACUCGUUUGUGAUUUGCGUACAGAUUCACUCGCCCGUGGGGCCGUUCUAUCCUCAGCAGCCAUCCGCAUACUAUGUCCCUCGGGACCUUCUUGACGGGUUGGAAGCUUCUUUGGACAAUGCCAGUAAGUAUAUCCGAGUUUUUUGUUGCUUCGGAAGGCUCAGAAGUCCAACAGAUACCGGGGACGUUCAAUUCAUCUGCCUCGAGCGUACCACCCGCGACCAACUUGAGUACGAUUCCGCUGUCCCAGCUUCUCCCCGCUCCACUUCCUCCUCCCAAUCUUCCUCCUCCUCCCAGACUCUCGCCCGGAAACGUAUCCUCUACGCCCACUCGGACAUCCUCGUCCGCCGCUCCGAGUAUUUUGCCACCAUGCUGGCCUCGUCCUUCAACGAGAACGCCCCAGCGCAACCCGGCGGUCGUCGGCUAUACACCAUCGUCGUCGAGGAGGCCGACUUCGUCACCAUCUACUGGCUCCUCAAGUGGGUCUACGCCAACUGGCUCCUCUUCCGCGCCGUCGACGACCCGCGCCUCGCCGUCGACGGCGUCGGCGCCGGCUGGUCCGCGCGCGACUGGUGCGCCCCGGGGGUGCCCGACGAGUGGGGCUGGAAGGUCUUCCACAAGGCCGGCCACCUCGGCUCGGGCAUCGGCAUCGGCGCCGCGAGCGCGUCCGACACCCCCAGCGGCGCGGUGAGCGACGCCCGCAGCGUCACCAGCGGCGCGAGCGGGCUCUCCACCGGUCCAGACGCGCUCGGGCUCGCGCACGCCCCGCGCGACGCGAAGGGGGCCAAGCCCGGCAGCGGCCAGGUCCGGGCGGGAACGGCGACGGCCGCCAAGGGGCCGCCCUCGCCAUCCGCGUCGCGUCCUCCGGGCACACCGACGACGCCGCGCAGGGCGUCGGGCCCCGCGCCCGUGGGGCUGUCGCUGACUCCAGCGACGGGGGCCGCAGCGCGCGGCGCGAAGCCCGUCCCCGUCCCCCAGCCGCUCUCGCCCUCAGCGGCGGCGCACUACCCGGCGGGCCCGGGGUCCGCGCACGGCAAGCAGCGCUCGCGGGGGUCGGGCGGCGGCGCGGGCGGCGGCGGGCUCACGGGCGCGGCGGACCCGCACGCCCACCCGACGCGGGCGCCGCCGCCGGCGAGCGCGCUGAGCAUGUACCAGCUCGCGCACCGGUACGGGAUGCCGGGCCUGGGCGCGCUCGCGCUCGAGCACGUCGUCGCGACGGUGACGGCGCGGAGCGCGUUCGCGGUGCUGCUCGCGAGCGCGGCGUGGGAGGAGCUGCACGGGCUCGUCCAGGACUUCGUCGUCGAGCGGUGGGAGGAGGUGAGCGUGUCGGACGAGUUCGAGCGGUGCUGCCAGGAGGUGGCGAGCGGCGAAUGGGGUCCGGAGGGAGGGAAGACCUUGAUGGCUCUUUUCAGGCGGCUCCGUUCUCCAAGCGCGAUGGGUUAUGCGCGCGGCUAG